UUCAACUAGAAUAUAAUCUUCAUGGAUCCCCCAUACUGGAUUCAAAUUUGAAUGGAUCUUUGGAAUGUGGACAGGACUGGACAGAAAUUUGAUAUUUGACUGCCAAAAUAGAUUUUUCAUGGUGUAAUCAUCACUAGGCCUAACGUGCACAAAUCCUGGUGAAAUUACUUUCAGUGUAUUCUGAAGAGCUUGUGAUCGCAAAGGUGAGGCGAAUAACCAGAAGCGUGUCAGCAUUCAAAAGUUUGAAAAACCAAUCAUGGGGUCGAAAACGUCUAAGCAGGCUACCAGUUCAUCCACAGCAUCCACUUCCACGUCAACCCAAAACGCAUUCACGGCAAGCGGUGCUUUAACUACAUGUCCAUCGUCGCCCGUUUCCUCUUCAACUCCUGUUACUACAUCAUUGCAAUCAAGCUGCAUUUCUGCGCAAGCCCUUGCUCCUAUUGCUGUACCAUCAGCAACAACAUACCCAGCUGUUGCUGUAGCAUCAGCUGCAACAUCCGCCGCUGUUGCUGUAUCAGCAGCUGCAACCUCCGCCGCUGUUGCUAUAUCAUCCGUAGCAACAUCCGCUGUUGUUGCUGUGUCAGCAACAACAUCCACCGCUGUUACUCUAUCAUCAGCUGCAACAUCAACUUCUCUGGUUACUCCAGCAGUGACUACGACAAUACCAGUUCCAACAGCAGGUGUAACAGACAUCACAUGCGAGGACAUCAACGCGUUGAAGCUCUUCAUGGCUCUGCGCAGAGGCAGUCCCGUGUGCCAAGUAUUCGCUGCUGUUUUCGAAACUCUGUCUGGUCGCGGGAAAAAAACGCUCUACGAGUAUUGUUCUAAUUAUGCAUACACAAGCACUGAUUACUUUAAAUUGUUCAAUGAAAAUGAAAGAAAGAAGUUGGACCUGAACACUUUGGAGGAUUAUGACAUAACACUGUUGUUCAAGCUCCUCCGCAAAUGCUGUGGUUUGAAUGCCUCUUUCAAAUUUUGGGAGCAGCCUGGAGACUCAAUAGAAUACAAGCUCCAUCGCCUGACACAUCACCGCAAUUGCUUUGCUCAUGAAGUCGGGAAAUUAUCGAAGAUUGAAUUAGAAUCAAAACUGCAGGACAUCAGACAGCUUUCUGAUGAAGUCUGUGACUUGGCAGGAGUUGAUAUAGGCACCAAGAACAGGCUUCUGGCUGAGUUAGAUAACAUCGUCCUGGCGCAAAGUUUAAAGGCAGAACUUGCUGACGGUAUUGCUCAGAUGAAAGCAUUUAAAGAAGACGUUCAAGAUGGCAUCCUGGAGAACAGCUUAUCUGAGCUAAAAGAAAGAUACAGCGAAAUGAGAGUUAUAUCUCCCAUUACUUGGUUCGUCAAUGACGAGUUACAGAGCAUCACCAUCGACAAAGUGUUCACUAAACUCACUAUGAGUCACAGCAACACCAUCGUUGAUAUUGAAAAACUUCUCCAGUUGAGAGACCGGCAUGGAGCCGACUGUUCCACCGUAGUCAUCACCGGCAUUGCAGGUUCUGGAAAAACUUCGCUGUGCAGGUUCCUCAUUUACAGCUGGUCAGGACAAACCGGUGAGGUUGAGGAGCUGGACGACUGCAAACUGCUAAUUUUUAUUCAAUGCCGGUAUGUUAAGUCAAAUGGUUUCGCUGCAUUCAUAAAGGAGGAUCUACUCAAAGGCUCGUUUUAUUUGGUACCCGAGGUGGAAGUUAUCGAGAUGCUGCAGAGGUUUAAACCAUUGUUCGUCAUCGAUGGUUACGACGAAGCUGACAACGCAGUCCAAAAUCUAGUCCUCGAAAUACAUCAUAAAUUUCCUUCGAAUAAGAAACUCAUCACCUCAAGACCUCACAUUUAUGCAUAUUUGUCAGCCAAGCUUGUGCACAACCAUGCUUGUUCCAACCUAAUUAAUCUUAAAAUCAUGAGCUUUGAAACUGACUGCAUCGAUGAAUACUCUCGCAAACUAUUCUCUGUACUGAAAAACUCUUCCGGAGCAGACGACUUCCUCGAUUACAUAUUGCGACGGAACAAGUUGCAAUCUAUCAUUAACUUACCGCUGACUCUGGCUUUACUUAUUAUACUUUGGAUUGACGAUCAUUCCCAGGUUGACGAGGUAUCUACUGAGGGCCAAAUCCACGUCAAGAUCAUCGAGAUGAUGAAACGUCGCCUUACAAUGCGACUCUGUGAUAAUUCAUCUGUAGCCAGAUCAAACUCCAUGGAAUUAGAAAAAUACGUUAAUGUCUGGUUGCACCUUUUGGGGAAGAUUGCUCUCGAAGGCAUAACUAAGCGACAGCUAUUUUUGAACGAAAGCAGCAUGCACUUGCUUCAAACAAGGUUCGAAUCAACUUUACACAAGUUUGACGUCGAGGACGCCAUGUCUUCCAUCCUGCAGUGCGACACAAGCAUCACCCUCUCCAGCUGCGAGAAGAUUUGGUCCUUCAUCCACACCACGCAACAGGAAAUGAUGGCGGCUCUCUAUGUCGUCAAAGAAGUUGAAGAUGGUAGUACUUUCGCCAAAUGUAUUCCUGUGCUUCCAGGAUUUUGCCACGAACAAAUGAAAAACAUGAUACAAUUUUCGAUUGAAAUUUUGAAAAGCCGAGAUACGUUGACUGAAGAAAGCGCCGAAUUCAUCACUUCGAAAUUUCCUUUAAGCUCUAACGAAAAUAUUCUCUUCGUUGGUUCUAUUCUUAAAGUUGUCAAUAAUGAUGCCGUUUUUGUUAAAAUAUUAAAAAAUAGCUUGGAUACUAGUUCAAUGACUGCAGUUUUAUCUUUCGAAUGCAUGCAAAUCAUAGCCGACUUUAUGCAGCAGAAAAUUCUGGACACCCAACUUGAAGUAACUUUUAAUGCACCGGUAGACAGUUUCCAAGACGCCCUAAGAAAGCUCAAUGGUGUUGGAUGUUCGCCAACUUUGCUAAUCAUUAUUGAAUAUAAUAUUACCAACGACAUUAUUGAAUCUUUCAUCAAGUUUCUGGAAACUGAAAAGAAAGGCUUAAAAGCCAGCUUCAUCUUUAUCUUCGGAUUGGGUUUUAGUGCCGAAAUGAUAGAUGAACUGGUCAGAGUGUGGGAUUGGGAAGAACCACUGCAGUUCGGUGGUUUAGCUGACUCAGAUGCCACCCAUGCCCUUUUUUUAGUUCAGCGAGCCCUGAAAAUAGAAAAUAUCGAAAAAGUAACUUACUCGUCUCCUAAAAGUUCGAUACGGGAACCUGGCAAUGUCAUCGACAAUCUGAUGAAACGCGGGGUCAAAGUCGAAGAAGCGCCUUUCAUGAGCAGAUUUUUGAUAACUGUCCACAAAAAGCUGUGACUGAGCUCAAAUCGGCGCGUUUUUUCACAAACGCACACAGAAGCUUACAUUUAUUUACUAUUUAACAAGUUACUUUUAAAUAAACUAGUCUUUCGAAAGCAACAGGCUACUCUUACAAUGUACAUUAGCCUUCAUAACGACAUCUUCACAUCAUUCAACGGUCUUCUCUGCUUGAAUAAAAAGAACAAAAUUCGGUACUGUAGAACGCAAAUCAGAUAUAGCCGAACGGGAAACAAAAUUUUGAUUCUCAAGAGUCCUUCAUAUUAGCUGCCAUGCUUUCGCUCCUGCAAGUUUCCAGUACGUACAGAUUUAAGUUCAGCGAACCGUCGUUAAUGCGUUCUUUUCAACGCCUUCCUCGAACGUUAAAUCGGACUUGACCAGCUGUCUUUCCCAGCAAGCGUAUCAGGAUGUAACCAAUGUAGGUCGAGAUAUUAGAGAACUUGCCUGCCGCUAUUUGUCAAAUACCAGUGCCGCUGUCUACUAUUUCUUUAUUUAUUACUACUUUAUCGCCAAAAUAUACAAUUUUUAUUUUAAAAUAAGGUGUAGACAUAUAAGGAAAGAUAUAACUACUUGGCAGUAAGUAUUGUAAUUCAGCCUCCAAUAUAAAACUUUUAUUUUAAAAUAAGGUGUAGACAAAUAAGGCAUGAUAUAACUACUUGGCAGUAAGUACCAAUUGUAAUUUAGCCUCCAUAGAUCUCAACAGCAUGGAAAUCCGUCAGUUGUUCCCCUACUCACUCUUGUCCUAGUUUGUUAUCUUGCUUGGCGGUGGCGGCUACUGAGUGGCAAUAAAUCUAAAAAAAAAUUCUCGCGUUUACCUCUCAUAAACCCAAAGGAUUCUUUACACCGACUUGCUUGUUGCAUUGCUCGCUGUCAUUGUGCUUUAUGUCUAGCCUUGCGUGAGGUCUUCCACCUCAAGAUUAUUGUUGCUUUCUCCCGGCCACGCAUUCGUGAUCCAGUGUUCAUACGAGACGGCGUAAUAUUCAUUCCGUAAGGUACAGAGUCUGUAACUUGCGCUAUGCCAGAGCGUAUAAAUAAGAGCUCUUUCGUUUAUGUGUGUUAUUUCUGAAGUGAAAUGAAUAUAAUAUUGCUUGUAUAAAUUUUAUACCUUGAAGGUAGUGCAGCAAUGACAUUAAUUCAUUGUUACUUUUUAAAAUUACAUUCUAAAUGUGCGAUGAUUAUUCUAUCUAGUAUCUAGGAGGCAAUGUUGCAAUUUCUUUUAUUUGCUGAGCGGUCGGUAAAAUUUUUACGGCUGCUCUUGUGUUUUUAUGAAGGCUUGUAAGGCUUGGCUGAAGGCUUGUAAUGUCAGAAGCACCCCAGCCUGAUCUCUGUCAAGGGCUCCGGCGUUAGAAUACCGGCGUCUUGCCAUGCACCAGCACAGUCAGACCGCAAAGUUGCUCUUCUGUGAAUUGCCAAAUUUGGUGGAAUUGUAACAGUUUAUAGAUGGACGUGAAGGCAAGGCCUAUUGUCGUGUUGUUUGUUCACGUCAGUGUUGCGUUAUGUACGUUGGCUAUAAAUAGCGUGCUGAUGACAUCGUUUGAGCCCUGGCAUAGUAAUUGGUUUAAAAAAGCUAUUUA